AUGAGCUUCCACUACGGCGUACCACCGAUGCAUUACACCAAAUACACCGCGUCGCCGUACAGCAGCGGCGAGUACGUUCAUUACGCGCCUCAAUAUGACACGACGCCGAGGAAACAUGGGCGCAAUGCCAGCCACAACCCCUCACCGAAAGUCGGAGGCUGGUACUCGCCUGCAGGCUCUCCACCACCAUACUAUGAACCACGAGUUCAGUACGCCGCACCGCGGGAUGAUGUCUAUGUGAGUGAGGCAAUGGGCAGAGCCCGCAAAUACGAGAGCCACAAUACCUUUCCGAGCUCAAGAUAUCAUACCCGUUCAUCCUCGCGCAGGCAGAACCAGCCCAUCUACAUCUACGACGAUGAGGCUGAAUAUGCAAGAGUGCAGCCAACCUACCUCUACCGAGAACCAAAGCCAUCCAAGCCAAGGCAUACAAGAAAGCCAAGCACUGACACCUACUUUUACUAUGGACAGGAACAGAUUAUAGAUGAUCAUCCGAAACGAUCCCGGGCUCGACGUUCCUCGUCUACGACCAAGCCAUCGCACAAGUUUAAGCCAAGCCAGCAGAGGUCCGCGCCACAGGCAAGCGAAGACGACGCCAUCCGCGCAGGGAUCCCUUCAGGCUAUUCUAUCAAGCACUGGGAUCCUACAGAGCUACCCAUCAUCUUGCUGGGUAGUGUCUUUGAUGCGAACUCGCUGGGCAAGUGGAUAUAUGAUUGGACGGUCUUCCAUCAUGGCGCCUCAACCCCCAUCGCCGACAUGGCCGGGGAGCUCUGGUUGCUGCUCAUCAAGCUCGCAGGGAAGAUGAAGCGGGCUGAGGAAUGUGUGGACCGCAUCCAGAACCUCGACAAACAAGAGACUGUCGAGGACUUCAUCGAGAGCGGCCAUCGAUUGUGGGAGAGGUUCAAGGCGCUUCUCAAAGACUGCGAGCAUUACAUGUUGAAGGCUGCCAAACGUGACGGCACCAAAACCAUGGGCAAAAACGCAGGCACCGAGUUCGUCGAAUCCAUUUUUGGACGAGACCGCCACCUUGAACAGACGGAGAAGAUCAUGAAUCAGAUCAGACUCUGGAACAUGCGCUUCGAUGUCAAUUGCGAGGACACGCUGCGUCGUCCUUCUGUUGCCUAG